AUGUUACAAUGGAAUCUAGGACUAGAUAAUAGUAGUAAAGACAUGGAAGAGCCCCAAAAAUAUCUUUUUCCAAAAAUAGGCAAGCAUCCGGACAUGAAGCUCAAUGUUGUACCAAAACCAUCAGGUACUAAUGGAAGGAAAUUCUUCCAAGUCUGGAAGAUUAUUGGGAUAAUGCAGAAGCAAGAGCAAUACUGCAAGAAGGUUCUCAAGACAUACUUGUAUCUUGAACCAUCUGUCAACAUGGCCAAGGCAAAAGUGGCUAAGGGCUACAGUCAAUGGUCACAAGCCAGGAAGAAGGCACAGGAGGCCACUGAGAAAAAGGAUGCUUUACAAGUGGCCACUACCCCAGACAAACUCCCCACCCCCAAUAGGUCUACUGAAUCACUGGUAGUCUCUGUGGCAGCCCUAAAUUCCCCAACCUUCCCAGCCCUCCUAACUACCCCAACCACCCCAACUGCCCCAACUGCCCUGACCAACACAACCGCAAUUGCUCUAAGUGAACUGGCAACUUUGAAACCACAGCAACCAAAGCCCAAGGACAUGCCAAAUUGCAGGCUAAACGUAAACAACAACCCUGCUUCUAUGGAAUAUAUACCAAGUGACAGGCUUGUGGAUACUGGUACAGUAAAUGACCCUAAUAGCAACAUAUUUUUCAAGAGGGUUGUGGACAAUGAGACUGGGUAUGCAAUGGACAGCAGCUUCCAGGCACUCAUACUUUUGGAUGAACCUGAUGGUGCAGACAACAACAAGGAGUUAGCAGGGAAUUUUAGCUUUAUGAACUUAGACCUGGACCAUGAUGACAAGCUUGAAGACCCUGCUAACUUACAUAUAGACCUCCUGCUACCCACUGCUAUGCAGCUUGUCAAGGCUUCUGCAGUUACAGAGGCUCUCAGCACUUUGACCUCAAACCCUCACCGUUCUGUCCUCUCUACUGCUUGGGAAGACACUUCACUCCAUCACCAAUCAUCCACCAUGCCAAUGCACUUGGCAGCUCCUUUGAAAACUGUUCCACUAUCCCCCGUAUUCUCUCAUCAUUUGUCCACCACUAUAUCUGCACCUCAACAGCACUCUACCACCCAUAUAUUCACAGGGGUAUCAUCUGCAGUCCUAGCUGAGCUUUCCACUCUUCCUGCACCUAUUUUGGCUACACUCAGUAUUGCACUUCAAGCUGAGGUUGCCUUGUUCAAAGCUUGCUCCACUGCACCUACUUGUACCUCCAACUCUGGGCCUGGACCCACAUUAAUUUUGUCUCAUGAUCUGGCCAAGCCGCCAGCCAAGGUUACAAUUGCUGAAGUAAUGCCUUGGCCUGUGACUAUUGACAAGCCAUUUGAUGACAAUGCUUACCUUAGCAACAAGCCCAGUGCAUUGGAAACCAACCCCUCAGUCAAGCCCAACCGUUCAUUUCCAACCAGCCUCCUAGACAAGGAGAGCCCCAUUGUGAAGGUAACAGAUAAUGGGAUGGAAGCAGGGAUUAAAACAAGGACCAAGCGUAGCCAGCCCAGCCCCAAGGAGUUUGCCAGUGCCCCCAACGCAGUCAAUGAGGGGACAAAGGGGGUAUUAGGGAGGAAUUCAGCCAGAGUAGAGAAGAGCAGGCCAGGGAGAAACGCAGUAACCACGGCAGGCAAACAGUCUGACAACACAUUCCCAAAAAGGGCCACUUGCAGCACAACUGCAGGAAAGAACAGAGCUAGCAGGAAGUGA